AUGUCUUCAGAGGAGUCUGUUUCUCUGGACCACAUUUCUUCAGAGUAUUCUGUCUUGUUUUUCUCGCAUUCAACCCUCACGCACCUCCCCACAGAGCAUAGAAAUGUCACAUUUGGCUACAUAAAAGCAGUUACCAGGCUACUGGGCUUACAGGAAUCUCUCUGCUCUGCUGAAAGAACAAUGAAUUAUAUGAUUAGGUAUGCCCCAGUGGUGGUGGUUCUUGCUCAGUUAUGUCUGACUCUUUGCGACCCAAUGGACUAUGGCACACCAGACUUCCUUGUCCUUCACUAUUUCCCAGAGUUGGCUCAAACUCAUGUCCAUCAAGUCAGUGAUGCCAUCAAACCAUCCCAUCCUGUUGCCCACUUCUCCUCUUGCCCUCAAUCUGUCUCACCAUCAGGGUCUUUUCCAAUUAGUUGGCUCUUCACAUCAGGUGACCAAAGUAUUGGAGUUUCAGCUUCAGCAGCAGUCCUUCCAAUGAAUAUUCAGGGCUUAUUUCCUUUAGAAUUGACUGGUUGA